AUGGACGAUACCCUGUUCCAGUUGAAGUUCACAGCGAAGCAGCUGGAGAAGCUGGCCAAGAAGGCGGAGAAGGACUCGAAGGCGGAGCAGGCCAAGGUGAAGAAGGCCCUGCAGCAGAAGAACGUGGAGUGUGCCCGUGUGUACGCGGAGAAUGCCAUUCGCAAGAAGAACGAAGGUGUCAACUGGCUGCGCAUGGCGUCCCGCGUGGACGCAGUGGCCUCCAAGGUGCAGACGGCCGUGACGAUGAAGGGGGUGACCAAGAACAUGGCGCAGGUGACCAAAGCCCUGGACCGCGCGCUGAGCAGCAUGGACCUGCAGAAGGUGUCCGCGGUGAUGGACAAGUUCGAGCAGCAGGUGCAGAACCUGGAUGUGCACACCUCGGUGAUGGAGGACUCCAUGAGCUCGGCCACCACGCUGACCACGCCGCAGGAGCAGGUGGACAGCCUCAUCGUGCAGAUCGCAGAGGAGAACGGCCUGGAGGUGCUAGACCAGCUGAGCCAGCUGCCCGAAGGCGCGUCCGCUGUGGGCGAGAGCUCCGUGCGCAGCCAGGAGGACCAGCUGUCGCGCAGGUUGGCAGCCCUGAGGAACUAG